ACCCUCCUGCUCCUCCCGCCAGCACCGGCGCCUCGGGAGGGCCGGGGGGAGCCCGCGGGGAGCACGGCACGGCCCUGCCCGUGCCCCAGUACCGGGGCUCCGGGGCGCGACCUGUGGGGCCCGCACCGCCCCGCGGGUAGGGCAGGGCAGGAGGGGCCGGGCUACGGCAGCCGGUGAGGCUCAUCAGGCCGCGGCGGCGUUUCCCGGCGAGCCCCGCGGCACAUUGUACACAAUCAUCAUGGCCGCCGCCGCCGCCGCCGCCGAUGGUGCCGAGGAGCCGGGCAUGGAGGCGGAGGCGCCGGAGCUGCCGCUGGGCUGCAGCGGAGAGGGUGGCUCGCCGGCCGCGGGGACGUCUCCGCAAGGUGAGGAGCGGCGGGAUCCCCCGCAGGCGUCUGUCAGCAACGGCGGCGACGCGGAGGGCGGGCGGGAGCUGGUGGAGCUGAAGGUGAUCUGGAACAAGAACAAGUACGACGUGAGGUUCGCGCUGGACAGCACGGGCGCCGAGCUGAAGCAGAAGAUCCACUCGCUCACAGGCCUCCCCCCUGCCAUGCAGAAAGUUAUGUUCAAGGGACUUCUACCGGAGGAGAAAACGUUGCGGGAAAUCAAAGUAACGAACGGAGCGAAAAUCAUGGUGGUUGGCUCCACCAUCAACGACGUUUUGGCAGUAAAUACACCCAAAGAAGCUGCUCAACAGGAGGUCAAAGCUGAAGAAAAUAAAAAGGAGCCACUUUGCAGACAAAAGCAACACAGAAAAGUAUUGGAUAAAGGCAAACCCGAUGAUGUGAUGCCUUCUGUUAAAGGUGUUCAGGAGCGCCUGCCAACAGUGCCAUUAUCUGGCAUGUACAACAAGUCUGGAGGGAAAGUCAGAUUGACCUUUAAACUUGAGCAAGACCAGCUAUGGAUUGGUACAAAAGAGAGAACAGAAAAGUUACCCAUGGGGUCCAUUAAAAAUGUGGUGAGUGAACCUAUUGAAGGACAUGAGGAUUAUCACAUGAUGGCAUUUCAGCUGGGCCCAACAGAAGCGUCUUACUACUGGGUCUAUUGGGUACCAACUCAAUAUGUUGAUGCAAUCAAAGACACGGUGCUGGGCAAGUGGCAGUAUUUUUGAAAGCACGCUCACCUCUGGCACAGGAAAAUGACACAAAGCAAAGGACACUGCUGGGAGAGGCCUCCGACAUCCCUGGAUGUGACAGUCCUGGAACUUUAUUAAUAAAACCUGAUAAACGAGGCAUUGAGGGAAGCCAGAGGUGAUGUUCUUUCACCAUUAGUUUACUUUUAACUUAAAAAUUUCACCAUCCCUUUUCUGCAGUCAGCUUCAACCAUAUUUAAAGCAAAUACAAUGGAAAUCAAUAAAUCUUAAUUCACAACGUAUCGUGUGUAAUACACUUAAAUCUGCUGAGAGUUGAUCUUCCAGUUUAGUUUUGAAAAGAAAAUAUGACGAUGUAUUAUCGAGGAUUUUUUACAUGGUUUGAACAAAACCAGAUAUUUUCAUAAUCUUUCAGUUAGACUUAAUUUCGUGACUUGGUUGUGACUGAGACUUUCAGAAGCUGGUUUUUUUUUAAGAAUAAACUUUAAGCAGUAUGCAAACUGAUGCUCAGUAAAGCCAUAUUCUGCGGCCCUUUGGUUUCAGGUUUGACUCUUUGGUAGCAAAACUAAUGUUUUCAUUAUUAUUUUAACCCAAAGAUGCCCUGCUUUGCUCCCUGCUUUGCCCUUGUUUUCCACACCAGACGCUCUGGGUUGGUACUCCAUGUAGCAUGUUUGGAGCAGAUGAACACCACUGUGCUGCUUCCCGCUCCCUUUCAUGCCACGUUAGUUGUUCCCCUCCCACCCUGCACCUCGCUGCUCCUGUCCUGCCCCCAGUGCUCUGGUGUUGGAGCAUUUCCCUGAGCCUGCAUGCUGUGCUCCAGAGUCCUUCUGCAGCAGUCGCAGUGACACUCACCCGUGUGACUGACAAACCCUCCCGAGCUGCAUCGUGCUGCCGGAUGAGUGGGUGAAGCAACAACUCUGGCCUUGGGAGGGAGAGAACCAAAGAGACCUCCCUGCCCUGAUGGGGAGGAGAGAUGCUCAGAUGCUGGUUUGGACC